CGCUAAGAAACCCUCCCUCAACCGCCAUUCCUGUUUUUGCUUAGAUUGAAACACUUGAACUAAAAUGGUAUCUCCAAUUGCCUUUCUGAGAGGACUGUUCCAAGUUUCAUCGGCCAACAUCAGUCGAUAUCCGGAUCGAUAGGGUUGCAGCAAUUGGCUACGCUGACACGAUGACAUUUCCUGACUUAAUAGCUGGUAAAAGACUUGGAGAAAUGUUGGCAAGUAGUCGUGGUUCACGGCUGGCGAGGCAGGUAAAGGAGGUGCUCCUUAUAUGCAGAACUAGAAGAGCCAACAAUCACAUAAUGAUCCCCUCCACCAGCGCUGGAUGCCGGUAUUGCAACUAUAUCAUUCCCUGUGGUUGGGAAUACCGCGACGGACAAAUCCAAAGCAGCCAUUGUCAAGAAUAGAUUAUAAACGGUGCAACUGCAGCCAGCGGGCAACCAAGGACUAUCGCGACAACCAGGACAGCAGUCCUAAGGGAGAAAGUCCGCUCCUGUGAGCAAGAAGAGAUAUAGGCGCCGCGCUAACCUGACGAAAGUGCGCCGCAACGCCCAGCUUCAACCUACGUGAUCCUUUCCAACAAGGUCUGUGAAGAAGUAACAAAUCAGCAUCUAUCCUUUGUCGAACUUGCAAAGCUUGUCGGCGCUCGACGGUAAAAAUUGGUCGCCGUAAGUCCGGAACAAUUUGAGGUUUAGGCAAGUAAAGCCAAAGCCCGCUCCAGGCGACAAGUUAGGUCCUAGAUGGAAGGUAUAAGUGACGACAAUUCGUCUCCUCUGCGUCUGGAUUGAGCUAGGUCGCGCCUAGAGAGCACGCGGGAUCCAGAGUGCCCGGGAAGACUACAAAAGAAAUCCAACAGUUAGAGGGCUCAUGUGUUCGGUUCAAAUUUCCCAUCAAGUGACCCCAAGCUGCUGAGGUCUAGAACGAGCCCGAAAUCAGGCAACCGACGGAAGCCAGCGUCGGGAGGUGCUCGCAGCAGUUCUUUUGCUGGGAUUUCAUUGGCAGGCUCCAAUGUGGGCCCAGGUGAUCCCCAGAAACCUGGGUCAAGAAGUCGCCUGUUCAUUGGUUCGUGUGGCCGAACACGAUGAUGGAAAAUGCAGGUGACCUGAUGCGCGACUUCUUGAGUAAGAGGCAUCCAGCCUCUACACUAAAAUCCUUCGAUCUAUGCAAUCAGGCACUGAUCCUCUCUGGGGCGGGAAUGUGCUGUCAACUCCUGCCCAGCUACUGCAGAUGCUUACCUCCUCAACCAUCUAUCUAUGUUUCCCUAGCAAUUGGCCAAAGAACACAACUAGCGUGUCGAUCAAAAAUAUAUCGUCAUCCAGACCCUCAGUAUAUGGGCAACACCGUCGUUGCUAGCUAAGGCGUCAAGGCUCAAUCAGUGGCAAAGGUCUCAUUUGAAUUAUGAUCAGACACUCGGGAUUAGGUCGCUUUCAAGUUCUCGCGAGUUCAUCCAGGCAACGUCAAUAUCCCCGUUUCCGGAUGUCCUCGAGUACCUCAGCGGUAAUGCCCAUGCCUUUCAACGAUGUGCACAGGAAGCUAGGAGCUGAAGCGAUUCCUUUUUCCAACGACUCCCUGCGGGCUGGAUAUCCGCAUCAAAGUCAUUCGGAAUCGCACAAAUGGACCCGUUCUCAUGCAUCCCUCUUCGAUGUUUCGGACAUGGUCCAACAUACCAUUUCCGGCCCCCUAGCUGAGGAAUUUCUCAUGACUGUCACACCCGGUGGGAUCAACAAGCUCGCCAAACACUCGUCAAUACUGUCUUGCCUCCUCUCAUUAGAGGGCGGAAUGGUGGACGACGUCGUCGUCACACGUCUUGGUAAAGCGUCCUUCUACUUGGUGACGAACUCAAGGUGCCACGAUUCCGAUCUAUCUUUCCUACGAUCCCAGCUGUCUCGAUUCAUCUCCUCAAAAUGCGCAACCAAGAAAGCCAUUGAUUGGAAUGUGCUUGAAAACUACUCCCUUCUGUCUAUACAAGGGCCCUUGUCUUCUGCAAUACUUCAAUCAAUGAUUUUCUCUGACGGGGAUGAUCCGGAGCCAGACUCAUCCCUUUCAACCCUGUAUUUCGGUCACUCGCGCUGGCUUCAACUUCACCUUCGCAUGGAGGGUUUUACCACACCUUCUCUUCUAGUGUCCCGCACUGGUCACACCGGCGAAGAUGGAUUUGAGAUAUCAAUCCCUCCUGAAAGGGGCCCUGGUCCCGCACUAGUUACAUCCAUCGCUAACGCCAUUACAUCUGACCCUCAGGCGUGCCGCUGGGCGAGCUUGAGAGUGAAGGACUCUUUGCGUCUUGAGGCUGGAUUGUGUCUGUACGGAGAUGAUAUCGACCCUGCGACUACGCCUCCUCAAGCUGGGCUGAGCUGGAUGAUACCCGAAGACCGUCGAUUAGAUCAUUCCCCAGCAUUCAAUGGGCAUGAGGUUAUAGUCUCCCAGCUCUCUAGACCGGAUACCAUCUCCGCGCAGCGAGUUGGCUUGGUUGUGGAACCGGGCCUUGCGGCGCGAGAAGGGGCAAAAAUUGUUGAUCUGGACGAUCCACGAGAGGUGAUCGGGAAGGUCACAUGCGGAGGACCGAGUCCGAGCUUGGGAGGAGUUAACAUCGCGAUGGGAAUAGUGAGGCUAGGGUGGAAUAUAAAAGGGAUCAAAAUAGGAAUUAGGGUCCGCGGGAAAACCAGAGUAGCGGAGGUGGUUAAUAUGCCAUUUGUGGAAAACAGCCUCUACUUAGGUGGCGAGGGCAAUGCUUUCAUGGGAGGUGUUAGCAAACUACAGUCAAGGGAGAACGUCAGACAAACAUAUGACUUUGUCGUUAGCUUUCAAAGUCUCACACCGAGACUCGAGAUUUGGGGUGGUAGAGGGGGAGAGAUAAACAGAGAAGCAUGAGUGAACAGGGUCUUAUGUUAAAUGUCAGAUUAUAUGUGUUUAGAGGUUUUAAUAUUAGGCUACUAAUUAACA